CUACAGAGCCACUUCCUACUGUACACACUGCUUAAAAGGUCCCUCUACAGUGUGCAGUUAUUAAGAGGUUUCCUAUUGAAGCUACCGCAGUGAAGACCAAGAUGAUAAGUCAGACUGUUGUGAAGGCGCUUUCGGGCUCUGUACGUGGGAUUUCAUCCAGCCUUCGAAUGAAUUCUACACAAACUUCUUUCAGUGCUUCACACAAACACAGAGAAGGGAUCAAACGUAGGGAACUGGAGAAAAAUGAAAUGCGUCCGCUCUACAUGGACUUUCAGGCGACAACACCUAUGGACCCACGAGUCUUGGAUGCCAUGCUCCCCUACCAAAUGAACUACUAUGGCAAUCCACACUCCAGGACUCAUGCUUAUGGGUGGGAAAGUGAGAGUGCUAUGGAAAAAGCAAGAAAACAAGUAGCAGUUCUUAUUGGUGCCGAUCCACGAGAAAUUGUGUUUACCAGUGGUGCCACAGAGUCUAACAAUAUGUCCAUUAAAGGUGUGGCUCGUUUUUAUAAAGCUAAGAAGAAACACAUCAUCACCACACAGACAGAACACAAGUGUGUACUAGACUCCUGUCGUGUCCUAGAGGCUGAGGGAUUUAAAGUAACAUACUUGCCUGUAAAAAACAAUGGCUUGAUUGACCUCCAGCAAUUAGAGGAAACAAUAUGUUCUGAUACAAGCUUGGUAUCUGUGAUGACUGUUAACAAUGAGAUUGGAGUCAAACAACCAAUCAAAGAAAUAGGUCAUAUCUGUCGGUCCAAGAAUGUGUUCUUCCACACUGAUGCAGCCCAGGCAAUUGGAAAAAUUCCCAUCAAUGUCUAUUCCUUGAACGUGGAUUUAAUGUCAAUUAGUGGGCACAAAAUAUAUGGCCCCAAAGGUGUUGGUGCUCUGUAUGUAAGGAGGAGGCCUAGAGUACGUAUUGAGCCGUUACAGAGUGGAGGUGGUCAGGAAAGAGGCCUGCGCUCAGGCACUGUUCCCACUCCUCUGGUUGUGGGUCUUGGCACUGCCUGUGAGAUUGCCCAGCAAGAAAUGGAGUAUGACCUUGCCCGAGUCUCCCUUCUUGCUAAUCGCCUUGUUCAGAAGAUAAUAGCUGAGCUUCCUGAUGUUGUGAUGAAUGGAGACCCUGAACACAGAUACCCAGGAUGUGUCAAUUUAUCAUUUGCUUAUGUUGAGGGAGAAAGUCUACUGAUGGCCUUAAAAGAUGUUGCACUUUCUUCUGGGAGUGCAUGCACUUCUGCUUCUUUAGAACCUUCCUACGUACUGAGAGCAAUAGGAACAGAUGAGGAUCUUGCCCAUUCCUCAAUCCGGUUUGGAAUUGGGCGCUUUACUACAGAGGAGGAAGUGGACUACACAGCAAAGAAGUGCAUUCAACAGGUUCAGCGUCUGCGGGAGAUGAGUCCUUUGUGGGAGAUGGUGCAGGAGGGCAUUGAUCUGAAAAGUAUCAAAUGGACACAACACUGAAGAGCCUGACCGGAUGAAAUGAUUGCUGAAGAAAUUAUCUAAAUUGUCAAGAAAAAACAAUAAUUUAUCAAGUUAUGAGAGACGUCCUAGGUAUACUAUUCAAACUAAAUAUUUACACUUCAGACUUCAGUGUUUUUGAGUAGAGGUUCAACAGGAAAUUCCUCUUGGAAUUUGUUUUAUCAGUAUAGAAUAGGGUAAUGUGUGUUUUUGUUAUGUAGGUGUUUUCAUAUCAUUCAUGUUCUCUUUCUCAGUACACUAUUGUAUGUUUAGCUUUGCCUAUCCUCCAUUUGUAUUCUCUACCAUGUCAUCUGUUAUAAAUUUGUUGUUCAAAAUAAAUUACAUUUUUUUUUA